CUCCUUUUCUACACUGUUGUUUUCUUCUCGUCUCGGUGAUGCCUGGGUGCGGUACGAUCAGCGAGUUGCCGGAAUCUUUGCUUACUGAAAUACUCUCGUACCUUCCCACUAAACACUCGGUGACCACGAGCGCUUUAUCGAGGAGAUGGAAGAAUCUGUGGCUAGGUGUUCCAGCUCUUGACUUAAACUGCGACGACUUCCUUCCUUAUAGUUAUAGAGAAGACGAAGCGGUCCUCAGAUUCCUUGACAGAUUCCUCGAGUUUAACCCUGAUUUACGCCUUCUUAAAGUCAAGGUGAAGUACGGUAGCGUGGGGCUCAAGGAUCGGAUCAGUACAGUGAUUCAACGUGGACCUCAGCAUCUAGACGUUGAGGGUUUAACUUACUAUAAGGACAUGCCUCUCAAUCUGUACACGAGCAGGACAUUGGUUUCCUUGACGAUCACGUAUUCGGGUCUUGAGGAUCCUGGUCUUGUUUACAUGCCUUGUCUCAAGUCCAUGACUCUUGUAAAACCUCUCUUUCGAGAUGACGAGUGUCUGGAGAGACUCGUGUCGGGAUGUCCUGUUCUCGAAGAGCUGACCUUGGUAAGGGAUACCCAUUCUAGUUAUGUGGGUGAGGUUGAUAGUUUCGUGCGUGUGAGGUCUGGGAGCUUGAAGAGGUUUCGUGUUCCGCUCUGGUACGAAGAAGAAUAUUGCACUAGUCGGUUUGCGAAAUACGCUAUUGAGAUUGAUGCUCCAAGGCUAGAGCAUAUGACUCUGGGAGAAGAUCAGUUUGAUAGCAUAGCGGUGAAGAACCUGGAUUCUUUGUUCAGGGUUGACCUUGAUAUAAAGUUUGGUGGUUUCAAGUUAGGCGAGUUCUUUGUUCCAGAGGACUCAUCAGAGAGAAAGAACUUUGGCCAUCUCUUUCUCUCUGGGAUAUUGAGUGUAAGACACAUGAUCAUCUCCGAGAAAACAGUGGAGGCCCUUCAUCUUUACUCGGACGUAGGUCUGAUUCCCAAAUUCAUCAGCUUAACACGUUUAGAAGCCGUGUUCCCUUGCAUUUUAUCACAGUUUUUGCCAGUCUUUCUUGAGUGUUGCCCCAAUCUGAAACAUCUAAUCUUGGAGGUUGUUGGUUUAAGGUGGACGGAGGAAGCAUUCGAACUCACAAAUGUGCCUGAGUGCUUCUUAUCGACUCUGGAGUGUGUUGAGUUAAAAAGAAUUUGUUACUGGAAGGAAGCGGAGAUAAAAGUAGCUACUUACUUUCUUGAGAACGCAGCAGUCCUGAAGAAACUCACUCUGAGUCUCUUGAAUUCUCCUCGUUAUGUCUCUGAUGAAGAAAUCUUCGAGGAGGUUAAUAAAGUUACAAAACGUUCUCCAAGAUGUCAAAUUCUUCCUGAUUGGGAUUCAUGUUGAUGAGUGAGAGAGAGCAUUA